GACCCAGUUUUGAGGCGGCCAAAGUGGCCAACAAAAACAGUGCGUGGCACGAGCAAAAUCGACGGACCCUUGCGGUGGUUUGCAAGCGAGGCAAGGUCGUAAUUGAUAAAACAAUUAUGGAGCAAUUACUGCCUGUCUGCACGUGUUUGAAGGGUAGCAAAACAGUUCGGCUGGCCAUCGCCUAAUGUCUCGAGAACACUAGAGAGCUUUUUUGAUUGAAAGCAGCAAUUGCCGAAACCGAGUUCGAUCGUGGAUAAACAGCGUUUAACCUUGAACCGGUAACGAUCAACCGGUGCUAUGGCUGAAGCGCAUUCAGCUGUUGCCUUUUCGUUUUCCAUCACCCACGAAGGAUGGGACAUCAACUACGAUCGCGAAGUUUUGGAUCUUGUGUGGCAGUCAGGUGUUCGAUCCUGGCGUAAACGCUUGGCUCGCUGGAGGACUGGCGUUCGGAACGGGGUAUACCCGGCGCAUCUGCAGAGCCUUUGGCUGGUGAUAGCAAUAGCAAUUGGGUUACAUUUUUCCCAGCGUCAUGUCCCGUUCGAUUUAGUGAAUAAAUGGCUCACGGUGCUUCCAGGGGAUACGCUGCAGUGGCAGGUUAUAGCUUGCUCAUUAGCUGGAUUAGUUGUUUGGCUAUCGAUUUGCUACACUAUGCGCUAUUCCCUAAAGCUUUUGCUUAUGUACAAGGGUUGGAUGUAUGAGAAGCGCGCACCUGGUAGCAGGACGUCCCUUCAGACUAGACUUUGGGGAUUAUUUGUGAAGAUCCUCGCUACCUGGAACAAGCCGGGCUUGUACAGCUUCCAGGGAUCGCUUCCGCGACUGCCACUACCAAGUGUGAAGGAUACGAUGUCCCGCUAUCUGCGCUCUGUUCGUCCACUGCUCGACGAUACCAACUACAACCGAAUGGAACGGUUGGCGAAAGAAUUCCAGCAGGGAAUUGCCACGAAGCUACAACGCUACCUUGUGCUGAAGAGCUGGUGGUCAACGAACUACGUUUCCGAUUGGUGGGAGGAGUAUGUUUACCUUCGUGGACGAGGGGCACUAAUGGUAAACAGCAAUUUCUACGGUAUCGAUGCCAUCUUUAUGCACCCAACCAAGGUACAGAGUGCCCGCGCGGCUAGUGUGAUCCAUCUGCUGCUGCAAUUCCGCCGCACCGUUGAGCGACAAGAGCUUGAACCAAUUCUAGUGCAGGGAUUAGUGCCACUUUGCUCCUGGCAGUACGAGCGCAUUUUCAACACAGUGCGUGCACCGGGCAUUGAAAGUGAUAAAAUUAUUCACUAUCAAGACUCGAAUCAUAUUGUGGUGCUGUAUCGCGGCUGCUACUACAAGGUCAUUAUCUAUCACAAUGGUCGUUUGCUGCGACCUUGUGAGCUGCAGAUGCAGAUCGACCACAUCCUUCAGCAGCAGGAAGAGAAACCACAGCCUGGUGAAGAGCUGCUCGCUUCUCUGACAGCCGGUGAUCGCACCAAGUGGGCCCAGAUCCGCCAGACUGUGUUUGCGAAAGGAGCCAACAGGACAUCGUUGCAUACGGUAGAGAGCGCAGCGUUUGUGUUAUCGUUGGACGAAAAACCAUUCGAGUUUGAUAUUGCACAACCAGAAAAGUUGGAUCAAUUUGGGCGUUAUUUGCUUCACGGCAAUGGCCACGAUCGUUGGUUCGACAAGAGCUUUACGGUUUGUGUAGGGAGCAAUGGAAGGAUUGGUUUCAACGCGGAACACACAUGGGCUGAUGCACCUGUUAUGGCACAUGUUUGGGAAAAUAUUGUCGCUGAUGAAGCAACCAACAAACGAUAUGAUGAAAAUGGUAAUACAGUUGGAAUUCCUGAAUUUGAGCCGCCAACACCCAAGCGCCUUGUGUGGGAUUUGAACGAUAAAGUGGCGCUGGAAGCUAUCGACGAAGCUCAUCUGGCUGCGCAGAAGCUUCUAAAUGAUGUUGAUCUGCGAAUUCUGGUACACGAUGCUUACGGCAAGGGGCUGAUGAAGAAAUGCCGUCUAUCGCCAGACGCUUUCAUACAAAUGGCACUUCAAUUGGCAUACUAUCGAGAUGCGGGCAAAUUUUCCCUUACCUACGAAGCGUCCAUGACCCGCCUGUUCCGUGAAGGCCGCACGGAAACUGUCCGUCCUUGCACAAUCGAAUCCGCCGACUGGGUAAAGGCGAUGCUUGAUAACAAUGUUACGGUUGAGGAGCGUGUGCGCCUGCUGAAUGCUGCUUGUGAUCGCCACCAGCUCGGCUAUCAGGACGCGAUGUGUGGCAAAGGUAUCGAUCGACAUCUGUUUUGCCUUUAUGUCGUGUCCAAGUACCUGGAAAUCGAUUCACCCUUCCUGCAGGAAGUGUUGAGUGAACCAUGGAGAUUAUCCACUAGUCAAACGCCGCAUGGUCAAACGGCCAAGAUGGAUUUGAAAAAACAUCCGAACUGCAUCAGCGCCGGUGGUGGCUUUGGUCCGGUCGCCGAUGACGGUUACGGCGUUUCGUACAUCGUCGCUGGCGAAGACCUUAUCUUCUUCCACAUUUCUUCGAAACGGUCAUGCGGUACAACGAGUUCGGAACGAUUUGCACAAGAGAUUUGUCGCGCCUUAUCGGACAUGAAGCACCUUUUCGAAGAAUACCGCAGCCUCCAGAAGCAAGGCACCACUGACGGUUCCAAGACCCACAAGAAGUAGACGUUCGAUAGUGCAAGGUUAAUGUUGGAUACUAUUAUGCGCCUCAGGUUUUUGCGGGUGUGUAAUAUCCCAUUCAUUCAAUCCUGAUCUAUAGGCAAAGUAGCAGUAGAUAGUGCGUUAAGGCGAAAUCGUUAACUAUAUUUUAAUAGAUACUGUGCAAUUUUAAACCGUGAAGCACUUCUGUUUUUACACUGGUGGCGUUUCUUGCACCAUUGCAUAUCAUGGAUCGGACUAGUAUCAUGUGCAAUAACUUAAACAAACAAAUUUCCUUUGGUUUUCUUCUCAUUUCUUUUCUUAAAAUACUUUUUUUUUUAAAUAAUUCAUAUUUGGAACACAAUACCCGGCUAGUGUGUUACCGUGCACUAGUUUCAACGCAAGUCGUGAAGUAUUUUUGGACCUGGAGGAAUAGGUUGUUAAAAGAAGCCCUUAAUCGGCUGAAUAGAUCCAUACACCCAUGCAAUCAACAAUGCAAUUUUUGCUAGAAAAUGUAUAAUGAUGUAAAUCAAACAAUCGAACCACACCCACGCGAAGAAAAUAAUAUUAGUGUAAGAAACGAUGAGCAGUUGUUUGUAUGUUUUUUGGUUUUGAUUGUUUAUUUUUUUAGAGCGAUAAAUUUUACGAAUAGAAGAUCGUUGCAGGGAAGUGAGAGAUUGAAAUCGGAAAUAGCCAAUUAAACAGUACAUUUUAACUGGAGUAAAAUUCGGGUCGAAAGGCCUUAGAACCAUGAAAAGUGAGCCACCUGAUCGUAGAGAGUCAGGGAACUGAAGCUACUCAUUUUAAGCAGCAACUGUGCAUAAGUUGAUUUUUUCCACAAUAAAUACUAUACUUUAAACCA